GAAAUAUUUUCAUUUUAAAAUAGGACGUUGGCAACAGAUAAAUGGAGAUUUCCAUGUAGACUUCAUAACAAAUAUAAUAAACCAAAAUAACAAAACGAUGAUGAGAUACAGUAGCAGUUCCAUGUAAACCUCCUACAAUUAUAAUUGGGCUGUACAUCUCUGAUACGUUUCCGCGAUUUGUUUCUGGAACACCAGCUAAGCUGCAGUUUUACUUACAUUUCAUAGGUGGAGCUUAAGGCACUUCUAAGUUUCUGUUGUUAGCGCAGGACCUGGAGACGCGUGUUAUUCUGGAGUACUGUACUACUCAAAAGGAUGUGUUUAUGAAAUUGAACGUGAACGGCAGUCCUAACAGAUUGACAGUGCAAUACAAUGGCAGGUAAAACAGAGUGUUUGAGUCGUAUGACAUUCCUCUUCGACGUCCCCCCAUCCGUGAUGGAGAGGCUCUGUAAAAUCAUCGACAGCGGUGAUGGGGACUUCGGCUGGAGAGGGCUAGCGGCCCGUAUUUUGCCUGACUGGCUAGAGGUGCGCUACAUGGAGAAGGUGUGUGCGCAGGGCAAAAGCCCAGCCCGGGAGCUGCUGUGGAGCUGGGCUCAGAAAAACAAGACCGUGGGAGAUCUGCUGGAGAUCCUGGAGGAGAUGGGGCACCAAAGGGCAGUCCAGCUGUUCUUGCCCCAAGGAGUGAAAUCGACAGUGUCAGCAGGGAAAUGCUGUUCAUUUCUGCCCAAAGAAAACAAUUUGCUGCAUGAAUCUCAUCACAAGAUGAAAAAUGCAGAGACAUGUGAGUUUCCUGAUGAGUUCCACUGUCUUUCAAGUAAUGUGCCAAAUGGAGGUUCGGAGCAGAUGCCUAUAAUAAGUUUUUCAGAUAUUGUCAUGGGAACCAGGAAUUUCCACCAGGAUCUUAAAAUUGGAGAGGGAACUUUUUCAGAAGUGUAUAAAGGAGUAAUUGGGAAUCAAAUAUUUGCAGUAAAGUUAUUUAAACAGGGGAAGCAGACAGAAUGGAAAAAGCUAUGGAAGCUCUUCAUGUCAGAAAUACAAGUCCUCUCUCUUUAUCACCACCCAAACAUUCUUGCGCUGAGUGGUUAUUGCUCAGAGGAGGGGAAGUACUGUCUGGUUUAUCCUUACAUGUCUAAUGGAUCUCUUUUCCACAGACUUCACUGUCCGGACACACGUGCCCUCCUGCCCUGGCAGGUUCGGCUCAGGAUCCUGAAAGGCACAGCGAGGGCAGUCCAGCAUCUGCACACUGCCCAGCCCUGCUGCGUCAUAAGUGGCAACAUCACGAGUGCAAAUAUACUGCUGGACGAACACUUUGAGCCCCAGCUGUCUGAUUUUGGAAUGGCCUGCCUUAGGCCUCAUUCUGUCAACGACAGCUGCACCAUCAGCCUAGACACGAGCUCCCGCAGCAUCCUGGGAUACCUGCCAGAGGAGUACAUCCGCGAUGGCAAGCUGUCUGUCAAACUGGACGUGUACAGUCUUGGGGUCGUCAUUAUGGAGAUCUUAACAGCAAGGAGAGCUGUACAAGAUGGGCCUAAAUACACUCGCCUGAAAGACAUGCUGUGUAAUGUGGUGGAAGAGAGUGGUGGUGUGGAUGCCUGUCUCCGGUUUUUGGAUGAGCAGGCGGGAAGCUGGCCGCCGUCUGUAUCCCUUGGGCUCUUCCGUCUGGCCCUGGAGUGCACAGCAUGGCGCCCCAAAAACAGACCAACCACAAGCGCAGUACUGCAAGUUCUGUCUGAGAUGAGACCGGUGUGGUGCAGAAGCGAAGACCAACCUCACACCUUGAAAGACCUGGAGUUUCACAAGGGGCUUGUUCCCAGUCUGCCUGAGGAGAAUGAUGAGAUGCAGGGAUUUGGUGAAGCACAGCUGGACAGAGCGAGCCCCAGCCAGCACAGGACAUCCCGAGCCCAGGGAGGCCCGUGUGAGUGCAGUCUGUCUGAAAUCAUCUGCAUUGGACCUGCAGCCAGAGAGGAUGGAUCUGCUGAGAAGCCUGGACCUGCUGCCCUUCCCAAAGACCCUUGGGAUCUGUAUUGCAGUUGGCCAGUGGAGUGCAGCUGCACAGUUGCAGAGAAUGGAAAGGAGUGUGAAGAGUGCAGGGCCAAUGGAUUCUCCUUCCAGACAGGCGCCGCAAAAGAUGAUGCAGCAGGAUUUUCUGUGAGGCCUGACAUUGUGGAAAAUGCUGCCAAAGAGAAGUUCAAGGACAGAAUAGAGCAGUACAAUAAAGGCCUACUCAACACAAAGGAACUUCUGUCAAUGAAGGAGCUUAACUGAUUUCGACUAAGGUUUUUUUUUAAGGUGUAUGUGAUUGAAAUUUCCUCUUCAGUUUGGACCGGUAGCCUCCUAUGAAGAUGCAACAUUGAAAACGAAGCUAAAGACAACCCACUACAAAAUUAGAGAUCAUAAAACUAAUUGUAUUACAUGGUUGCACUUGACGUAACCAUUCAGCAAGAGUUUGAACCUGCUUUUGCAACAGAACUGUGACAGGUACAGAGACAGAUGUGAUACAGUGCUCAUUGCCCUGAAUGUUCUACCCAGGUUCACAUGAGAAGGAUGGGCAUUAGCUGGAAGCUUAAUUACACUGACUUAUUCACAGAGAGAAACAUAUUUGUUUCUGAACAUUUUAGAGCCAGAAUUUAUGUAUAGAGCCACAACAAAUUUAUAAUAUUUGUUUUUUACUGUUGUACUUUAUCUAAAUAUUUUAUAUCUCUUGAGUAACCACAGUUUUUGUUAAUUAUUUUUUUCUACAAAUGUAACUUAUUAAUUUUUCUAAUUUCCAGAAAACUGUUAAUAUUGGAAAGGAAUUCAAUGUACUGUAAUUGUACAACAUUUGUAUAUGUCUAUCUUAUUUGAGAAUGUUAAAUAACUUAAAAUAAUAUAAGUGAAGCAUGUUUUCUUUUAAAUGCAUCCACAUUCUAGAAGAUCAGACUCUUCUGUCAACAUCAUACACUUUGUAAUGGUUUGUUAUAUGUAUUUUGUUUCACGCUUUGGGCAAAAUGCUUAGGAAUUGAUUAAAAUUGUGUAGUGGAUAAAAACUGUUA